AUGUAUGUGAAUUUGAUUCAUUUGUUAACAGAGGGAAAGCCAAUUCCAAUUGAGCUUAGAGACGAAGAGGCUGCUCUUCGCCAAGAAGUUGAUCUCGAAGAUGAAAACACUGCAGAGAUUGAAUUGAGUCUAAGCUGUCUGUUAAUUUUUGUAUUUGAUGAAAACUUUAGUUCGAAGAGUCAUAUUGAUGAUGAGUAUGCAAAUGCUACUGAAAAAUAUCCUAAAACUUUGCUUACUACUUCUCGCAAUCCAAGUGCCCCUAUUAUUCAGUUUGUCAAGGAUUGUGUCCGAACAAUCAAUAGUGGUUGUCAGGUUAUCUCUGAAUUUAUUGAAAGUUGCCGAGCACAUGAUUAUACAGAUGUGUUUUUGGUUCAUGAGCAUCAUGGUGUGCCUGAUGGUUUAAUUAUAAGUCAUCUGCCUUUUGGUCCAACUGCUUACUUUGGAUUGCUCAAUUUGUUAUUGAUUGUAGUUAUUACUGUUACUAGACAUGACAUCAAGGACAAGAAAGCCAUUGCCCGAGGCUUAUCCACAUUGGAUUUUUAA